AUGGACGAAGAUGUUUCUGUUGCUCCCGAAACUUUGAACAUACCCGAAGACGACGAUAACUUCGAUUAUGAAGAAAUCAAGUCGAUGAAAGUAAAGAAACCUUCCAAACACCGAUACGAGGUGGUGUGUCACUCAAAUUCAGACUGUGAUUGGCAUUUAAUGGUUGUCUCCAUCGAUGGUACCAGUAUGUUUCAGGAGAGUGUACCGUGUGAAAUCAUGGAAGAUGUGAACCAACGGUUCAAUAUUAGCAUCUCCUACCACCAAGCAUGGCGAGCAAAGAUGUAUGUCUUGCAACUAUUGAGGGGGACCCCUGAAUCGUUGUUUAACCUACUCCCGAUUUAUUGUCACAAUCUGAAGCUAGCAAAUUCGGGGACUGUGACAGAGAUUGCUCUUGAUGGACUUGGACGAUUCGACAUGUUGUUUGUCGCACUCAGUUGUUCGAUUCGAUCAUUUCUAGGACACAUGAGACCGCUUCUUAUAAUGGACAGUGUCCAUCUGAAGGGGCCAUACGUUGGCACCAUGUUCUUAGCGGUCGGCAUGGAUGGAAACAAUGGGAUCGUACCCAUUACAAUUGGAGUGGAGAAGAUAGAAAGUGGCCCGUCAUGGACAUGGUUUUUACGUAAGCUUAGGCAGUAUAUCGGUGAUAUGCCCAAUUUAACCUUCAUAACCGAUAGGGCUGCCUCUAUUGACCUGGCCAUACAAACUGUAUUUUCUAGCGCGCACCACGGACUUUGUUGUCCGCAUCUAAUCCAGAACCUCCGCCUAAACUCCACUAAAGAGAAAAGUAAACGGUGGAUGUUCUGGGAGGCAUGCAAAGUUUACAGGUUGUCAGACUUUGAAGCUACUAUGGAUUUGAUGUGGCAAAGUCUACCUAUAGCCGCUCAAUUUCUUGAGGAAGUUGGCUACGCUAGAUGGGCACGAUCGCACUUCCUGGAUUGCGUUACAGUGCAAUGA